CUCUUACAGAGUUGAAUCAGUUGCAUCUAACAGCCUCCUAAAAAACCCACGUCAACGCUUCGCUAAAUACUACGUGGACGAGCCCACCCAAAACCCGAAAAACCAAAACUACCAACCCAACACUCCAAAAUGUCGUCCGAGACCGCUGCCCCCGCCGCCGCCGCGCCGGCCACCUCGCCUUCCCCCGCCGCCGCGCCCAUCCCGGCCACUCAGGCCGCUGCCGCUGCUGCUGCCGCCGGUGCUGCGGCCGCCGCUGCCGGCGGCAACGCGCAGCCUGCCCCUACCUCGACCACCGGCGCCCAGCAGCCUGGCAACAGCGCCUCGCUCUACGUCGGUGAGCUCGACCCCUCGGUCACUGAGGCCAUGCUCUUCGAGAUCUUCAACAUGGUCGGCCCUGUCGCGUCCAUCCGUGUCUGCCGUGACGCGGUGACGCGCCGCUCGCUCGGCUACGCGUACGUCAACUACCUCAACGCUGCCGACGGCGAGCGUGCCCUCGAGCACCUCAACUACUCUCUUAUCAAGAACCGCCCCUGCCGCAUCAUGUGGUCGCAGCGUGACCCCGCGCUCCGCAAGACUGGCCAGGGCAACAUCUUCAUCAAGAACCUUGACGACAAGAUUGACAACAAGGCUCUUCACGACACGUUUGCCGCCUUCGGCAACAUCCUUUCUUGCAAGGUCGCCACUGACGAGAACGGCAACUCGCGCGGUUUCGCUUUCGUUCACUACGAGACCGGUGAGGCUGCUGACGCCGCCAUCAAGGCCGUCAACGGCAUGCUCCUCAACGACAAGAAGGUCUACGUUGGCCACCACAUCUCGAAGAAGGAGCGUCAGUCCAAGGUCGAGGAGCAGCGUGCCCAGUUCACCAACAUCUUCGUCAAGAACCUUGACCCCGAGUUCACCCAGACUGAGCUCGAGGACCUCUUCAAGCCCUUCGGCGAGAUUGUCUCGGCUGCCCUCGGCUCGGACGAGGCUGGCUCCUCCAAGGGCUUUGCCUUUGUCAACUUCACCUCUCACGAGGCUGCCCGCGCCGCCGUCGACGAGGUCAACGACCGUGACAUCAAGGGCCGCAAGGUCUUCGUCGGCCGCGCCCAGAAGCGUGCCGAGCGUGACGAGGAGCUCCGCCGUGUCCACGAGGAGCGCCGCCUUGAGAACGAGUCGAAGAACGCCGGCGUCAACCUCUACGUCAAGAACAUUGACGACGAGUGGGACGACGACCGCCUCCGCACCGAGUUCGACUUUGCCGGUACCAUCACCUCGGCCAAGAUCAUGCGCGACGACAAGGGUGUCUCGCGUGGCUUUGGCUUCGUCUGCUUCUCGCAGCCCGACGAGGCUACCCGUGCCGUCCAGGACAUGAACGGCAAGAUGAUCGGCACCAAGCCCCUCUACGUCUCCCUCGCCCAGAAGAAGGAGGUUCGUCGCCAGGCCCUCGAGUCGCAGAUGCAGCAGAGAAACGCUCAGCGUCUCCAGUACGCCGCUGCCAACGGCAUGGGUGGCCCCCAGGGCUACAUGCAGGCUGCCCCCAUGUACUACCCCCCCAUGGGCCCUUACGGUGCCCCCAUGAUGCCCGUUCGUGGCGGUGUCGUCGGCUACCCCGGCGCUCCCCCCAUGAUGGGUGCCCGCCCCGCUCGCUACCCUCCCUCGGGUCAGCCCGGUGCCCCCGUGCCCAUGGGCUACAUGCCCCCCAACGCUGGUGGCCCCUACCCCGGCAUGCCUGCCAACUACCCGGUCCGCCCCGCUGGCAACGCUCGUCCUCCCACCGCUGCCCCCGGUGGCGCUCGCCCCAACGGCUCGUCGCCCGUCGCUGCCCAGCAGAACCUGCCCCGCGGCCAGAUCCCCGCCCGCCCCCAGGUUGACGCCGCGCCUGCCCCCGCCGCCAACACCCUCAACGCCCAGACCCUUGCCCGCGCCUCUGCCGCCGAGCAGAAGCAGAUGCUUGGUGAGGCUAUCUACCCCCUUAUCCACGAGUCGCAGCCCGACCUUGCCGGCAAGAUCACCGGCAUGCUCCUCGAGAUGGACAACGCCGAGCUCCUCCACCUGGUUGAGUCGCCCGCUGCUCUCCAGGAGAAGGUUGACGAGGCCCUCCGUGUCCUUGAGGAGUGGAGCAAGGCCGACGAGGAGGCCGCCAAGGCCGAUGCCGAGAAGGCUGAGAAGGCUGAGAAGGCUGAGGAGAAGGCCGAGUAAGCUCUUGCUUACCCCCUUUCUCCUUCUUCUUGACGCGAUCCCCCACCCCCUUAUCUAUCCUUUAUUCUCCAUGAUGCCCUUCUGUAUCCUUCCCGCCUAGACCCUGGCUCCUUCGCCUCUCGUGGACCGAGCGCAAGUUUGUGUGGUGUGUACGUUUGAGGGGGGCUGAUAUGCAACGAUAUAAGCUCUGA